AUGGCACAGACAAAGGAAGAACAGCUGCAAAAGGCGUACGCUGCUACGCUGCAACGACUCGAGCGCAUCCGCAACCACCUCGACACCCGUCCUCGUUCGGGACGUCUAGCGGGCAAGGUGGCCAUCAUCACUGGUUGCGGUAGCUUGACUGGUAUUGGACGCGCAACGGCGCUUCAGUUUGCACACGAAGGAGUCAAGCACAUCUACGUCUGCGACAUUGACGACGAGAACCUACCUUCGCUCAAAGAGACCAUCACCAAGCGAUACCCGGACGUCAAAUGCACCGCCAUUGCCUCAGACGCAGCCGACGAAGCCUCGGUCACGUCGAUAAUCGACCAAUGCCUCUCGGACAACGGCCACCUGGAUAUCUUCUUCGCAAACGCUGCUCGUGCCACCGGCGCGCCCAUCUCGGCGACGGACGUCGAAGACCUCGAGACCACGCACCACAUCAACGUCACCUCGUGCUUCCUCGCCUGCAAGCAUGCUGCCGCUGCAAUGCUCAAGACGCACCCACAGCACAAACCCGAGCCGAGCGGUUCCAUCGUCAUGACCGCCUCGGUCGCUGGUCUCCGUUCGGGCGCUGGAAGCGUCGACUACUCGGCGAGCAAGGCUGCUGUCAUCAGCCUGGCUCAGACAACUGCGUGGCAGCUGCAGAAGACCAAUGUUCGAGUCAAUGCCGUCUGCCCCGGUCUCAUCGAGACGGGCAUGACUCUACCCACGUUCGAGAUGGCAAGGGCGAGGGGAACGGCAGGCAAGAUUGGCCAGCUCAACCCGACCGCGAGGUACGGCGUGGCUGCAGAGAUUGCCAAUGCCGUCACGUUCUUGGCUUCGGACGAAGCGACGUAUGUGAAUGGUGUAGCGCUGCCUGUGGAUGGUGGCCUGCAGGCUAGUUUGCCCGUUAUGCCUGGCAAGUCUUACUGA